AUGACAAUUGUGGAUGUGGGUACAGGGAAUGGUAUCUGGGCACUGGAAAUGGCCUCAGAACAAACGCAUUGUAAAAUCAUUGGCCUGGAUUUGCGUCCACCCGCAGAACAGCAAGGCAAGCCUAAAAAUCUCAAUUACCUUGAGGCCGAUAUUACUGAAACAUGGCCAUUAGAAUCCGGAUCCGUUGAUUAUAUAUUCCAGCGUGCCAUGGGCGGUAGUAUUCAGAAGAGUCAAUGGAGUCAUGUGUUGGGAGAGAUGCUCCGUGUGCUUAAACCUGGAGGCACCAUUGAGUUAUUAGAGGCAGACUUAUGGCAUCAUAAUCCUGGACCUGUUCAGAGAGCAUUUGAUGAAUUUUAUCAGAAUCAAUGUACGGAAUCAGGGCUUGAUUUUGCGUUUACUGAAGUAAUUGAAAAGGACCUUUUCUCAAUUGGUUUUGGUGAAUUGGAUCAUCGUACGCUUGAUAUACCCAUUGGCGAAUGGCCCCAAGAUUCUGAACUCAAGCAGUUUGGAUUUAUCAAUAAAGAAAUCCAAAAAGCAUUUCUUCGAAACCGAAAAAACUUUUAUGUGUCAAAAUGGGGAAUUACACCCGAAGAUUAUGAUUUAGCAGUACAAGAAGUUAUGACUGAAUUUGAAGAAUACAAUGGUUUCUCUCGAUUCAAUUGCUGGAUAGCUAAAAAGCCUAUGUAG